AUGAACUCUUCUGAAUGCAGACUGAUAGAGAUAUUACAACGAGAGGGUCAUGCCAACCACUCUCCGAUUACGGAUAAGCUGUUUUACAUCAAGUCUCAGGAAAUGAUUAUUUACCAUCUUUAUUUGGAAAUGAAACUGUUUCUGAUACCUACAAGUGUCUGUUUUGUUGCUGCCUUUUUUGUCACGCCUUCUAUUUUGUUUGCCAUUUUCUCCAACGUCAGCCUACGCCGUGAGACGAGAUUCUUACUUCUGGCAAAUGCUUUGUUUUCUGACUUUUUAUAUCUGCUACUAUUCACAACAACUAGCAUGUUUAUUGUUGUUAAUCAUAAAGUUCCCAGCUAUGUUUGCCCAGUCCUUCUUUUUUUGCUGGCCGUAAACUACUGCGGAGGAGUGCAAACCGCAUUGGUAAUGGUUGCAGACACAUAUUUGGCAGUGUUGUGGCCCCUGCAUUAUGUGAGACUUUUACCUUCUUCAAGGAUAAAAAAACUAAUAGCGUUGCUUUGGUUCUCAUCUUGUUUGUUUCCAGCCAUAUUGUUCCUAACAUUGUACUUUACACAGGAACCCGGACCGUGUCCACUUGAACUGUGUUCUCUGCCCGUAAUCCUCACAAUUACUUUACACGGAAAUGACGCAAUCAGAUUAUUUCAUAUUUUUUUUAUUUCUGCUUUCCUGUUAUGCUUUUCAUUAGUACUCUGCUGCUAUUUCUUUCUUUGUUAUAAAACUCGGGAAACCGGAAUAUGGAAAAGUAUUUUAUCCAGAGCCACUGCCACGUUUCUGAUGCACCAUGCCAUAUUUUUCUCUCAUUUCUGCCCUCUUUUACUCCUCCUUAUAGGAUCAUUAUUAUAUAUCAAUCAAGUUAUAGACCUUGAAACAGUGUUGUGUUUAAAUUUAAUAAUCUGUAAUGUUUUAAUUGUUUUACCAAAAGGUGUUUCCCCAUAUCUGUAUGGCUUUAGAUACAGAGAAUUAUACAGAUCCCUUUCUUUAUUUUGUAAAUUAAAACACAAUAGUCUGGUUGCACCUGAAAAUAGGGUUAAUUAG